AUGUCGAAAGCCAACCAGUUCAAUGUCUAUAGCAAAAAGGAAUUCAAAAUAAUGACGAUUGGUGAAAGAACUGUCGGCUUCAGAAAUAUUCUCGCUGAAAACUCCUUUUAUGAAUUCUCCUGUCUGAGAGAUGCCAGUGAAAUCCUCCCUGACUGGUUCAUUCUCGGUGGAAAGUCGCUUCAACCAGGCUGGUACGUGGAGACAACCUAG